AUGGAGACGAAAGUGUCGGCAAGAAAAGGGAAUUCCCCGGGAAAAGUGCCGACGACUCGUCUUUGUCAAGCCGAAAGGGAUAAAGUUUGGCGUGGAGUAAUGACGCGGCAAGAAGGAUUUGUUGCAACAAAUCAAAACUUGGCAACUUCAGAUAGAUAUUUUUUUGGGUCUAAUGGAAGACCAACCAAACGUGAAGGUAUAGAAUUGACUUGUGUUAUCCCAUCCCCACAGUCAAAAAGAUGCUACGACUAG